AUGAGUCGAUGGAGUCAGCCAUGGAAUCGUGAAUCAGACGAUGGCUCGUCAAGUUUAUAUCAUAUUUUUGGUAGACCAUCUCGACCACCCGUACGAGUAAGAGUAUUAUUAUUUUUACUAUUGUAUAUGACGAUAAAAAGAAGAUAUCUUCUGUUUCAGGACCCGUCAAAAUGUGAAAAUUGUUUUCGUUUAACUACUUUAACUGAUGGAAAAUACAUUUUUGUUGAACCGUGUGGAGGCGAAUCGUGUGUGGCCAUUGUUAAUAAUUCAAGAAUAAGAAAUUUCGGAAAAACUGUGGCAUAUGAUUUAAAUAAAUGUGGAAAAUCAAAUGAAAUAUCAUCAAAGAGCGAUAUCAUCCCAAAAGCGUUGCAAUUAAAAAUUAGCACUAGUUAUAAGAAUACAGUGAGAAGAGGAGAAAUGCCAUGGCUGGUUCGUCUUGAAUCUCGUACGAAUCUUCAAUCUCUUUACCUUAGUAUGUGUGGUGGUACCAUCAUUCAUCCUCAGUGGAUAUUGACAGCUGCGCACUGUCUUCUUGACAGUAACACAGAAACACUUUAUGCCGCAGAUGGUGUGUCAGUUUAUGUAGGCCAUUCGAGUCGCCGACAAAUAGGUGAUGAUACAGUUAGGGUCAAUCCAGCAAUGUACAUAUUACAUCCAAAAUUUCGUAUAGGAAGAUAUUCAGCACCUGUACACGAUCUAGCAUUGAUUAAAUUAGCAACACCAUUAAAACUUAACAAAAAUACGGACAUCAUUUGUCUUCCAGAGAAAACAGAUGAUUUAACCGAUGGGACUCUAGCACACACAGCCGGUUGGGGACGAUCGUCUGAUAAUAGUCCUGUUGUUGAUGAAGCGAGAAGAGCUCGAAUAAGAAUUUCACCAGAUGCUUGUCGAAAAUUGCCGAUGAAUCGUACAAUUCAUAUUUGUGGACGAAAUGAAAAAGGCAAUAACAUUUGUUCAGGAGAUUCAGGUUCGGGAUUGUAUGUUCGAGCUGGUAUCAUCAACGGAACAAGUACAACAUGGAAAUGGCAUGUAUUUGGCGUAGCAUCAUUUGGACGAGAAGAAUGUCAAGUAUCAGUAAAUCAUGAUAAUGCAUUUUCAUCUGUAGCAGCCGAUAUUGAUUGGAUUAAAAGUGUAAUUAGGACGUACUAA